AGCGUACAAAUAUGGCGGACAUAAAUUCCCCACAGAAAUAAGUUUUGAUGUUUGAAGUUGCUUGUUUUAUAAAGGAUAAACAUUGGUCAAUACAAUUUAGUGUGCAAAGAUUGAUUAUUGUGUAAACAGAGAGAUUUUUUAAUCGAUGAAGAAUGAAUCGCAAUAAAGUAUUUUUUUGACAUGUACUUCUCCACUAUUUUGACAUGAAGAAAACUGCAGCUGAAACCAUAGACUUAUAUAAAUAGACCCAGCGUUCUGUGAGAGGAGUUGUCCGCGUCUUCUAAAGGACAGAAUGAUACGCAGUAAGGUGCUGUCUCCGUCACUUGCUGGUCUGGAGGGGGAACGUCGACAACGUUGAGGGGAACUUAAAAGCGCAUAAUACGUAUCGUACGGUUACCUAGCGUUUUAUCUGUUGAUCUGUGGUGUAUUAUAAAAAAUAAAUGUCUUAUUGCUGCAUUUGCAAAUCGCAUUCUGGCUCUCAUGCAGAUAUUACAUUUCAUACCAUACCACGGUCAGAAGAAUUGCGAGCAAAGUGGAUUGCUGUAAUCGGAAAACAUGUUUCUAAUUACAGCAAAGUGUGCAACGAUCAUUUUAAGCCAAAUGAUUUUCAGUACAAAACUAAUAAAUUAGGUCAGAUACAAAGACAUUUAAUAAAAGGAGCAAUUCCUACAGUAGAAAAAUGCCAGGAUUUGCACGAUACAAGAAUAUUGAAGUUGCCAACAAAUGAAAAGUCAUCUUUUUGUGAAUCGCAAUCAGAUUCGUACGAACAACAGCCCGGAGUAAUUGAAGAUGUUCUAUCUCCUGUACUUAUAAAUAAUGCUGAUAAUAGUCAGAAUGAUUCAAUGUCAACAAGAAAAAGAAAGCAAUCUGUGGACGAAACUGCCACAUGCAAUAAGAUACGAACUGUCAAAUUUAUUGGAGAUCUUUGUCCUGAAGAUUUUACUUCGCCCGAAUGUUAUGAAGUGGUUAAGAAAUACCUUAAAAAGCACAACACCCGAGUAAAUAGUCUUCAAAAGCAAGUUGGCCGACUAACAAAUAAAGUCAAAUGCCUUAAAGAUUUGCUGUCACAGUUACACAACAAGGGUCUUUUGUCAAGUAAUGCCGUCGAUACUUUGAAGGUAAGGCUUUCCAACGACUCACUUUUCUCACUAUUUUUAGCAAAUUCCGACGAAAAAGCAGUUGAAAGAUUAUGAACACAUAAAAAAGUGAUUAAUUCUUAAACAUAGUGAAUGAUCAGCUCACACAGAAGAAGUUAUAAGCCGACUGUGGUACAAAAUUAAGAAAAGAAAAUUCGGGCUCGUUAUUUCCUUCCUCAAACUCAAAUCAUAAAAAGUACUACGUUUGGAAUAAAUGUUAUAUGUUCUGUUUUUUAAUUCUGUUGUAUGCUUUUGCUAUUUAGAAGAAUAUUUUAAUCUU